AUGGAAGAUAAAUUGCUUGCAUGGGCAGACAACGGGUACAUCAAGCUGAAAGAUCCACUUUUCGAGCUACCAAAGAAGCAAGACGUGCUAAAAGGAAUGCCAAGUGGAAGCUUGAAGAUGGUAAAAUGCUGCAGGAUGAAGACUAUAGAGAUGGCCGGGUCGAAGCUGCGGAGUGGCACUGUGGUGGGCGACUUGGCAGCACUGCUGGAGUCCGGCUACGACUCUGACGUCACCCUGGUGGCCGGUGAGGCAAGAAUCGAGGCGCACAGGCUGAUACUGUCCGCCCGGAGCCCCGUCUUCGCCGCCAUACUGCGGCGCCACCAGCACGAAGCCUCCCUCGAGAUCCCAGACAUGGAGAAGGACGUCCUGCGCCAACUGCUGACCUUCAUCUACACCGACGAGGCGCCCGAGCUGGUCAGGAUGGCCCCACAGCUGCUCGUCGCGGCAGACAAAUACGACCUGCAGGUCCUCAAGGACCGGUGCGAACAGCAGCUGAUCCGAGACCUAGACGUGGAGAACGCAGCGGACAGCGCCGUCCUGGCAGUCGAGCGAUGCUGUCCAGAGCUGAGGCGGGCCGUCGUCGGCUUCAUCAGGAGCCACUCUCUCAGCGUCAUGGGCACACGCGGCUGGAACGACGCCCUGCACAGCCACCCCAAAGCCCUCUCGCAGGUCUCGCGCCUGGUUUCAGCCCCAGCACAAACGGAAAGCAGGACCCCACUCCAGCGUGUGGGAAGUUCCCAGGAAACCUACAGAGCACCCAGGGGUCCUGGGGAUCUGGCCAGUAGGCGCAUGCCAGGAUUGGUGAGAUCUAAAUCCAAAUCUCAUUUGGAUGGCUUUGCCCUUAUGGACGAGCCCCAAAGUCCGAACGACUUAGGCUCAAGAGAAAAGCCUGAAUCCAGUACUUCUGACUCUGGUUUGACUGACUGGCUUGCCAUGCGAAUGGCUAAAGCAACUGGAACCAAGUCUAGUCCUUCUCCACACUCUCAGACGUCAGCACAAGAAUCACAGUCCUCUGGCAAGUCCUCUUCAACUGAGGACAGACCAGAGACCAGGAAUAAACCUGAUGCAGAUAAUUAUCCAUGGUGGUAUGUACCAUCUCAAAGACAGGAAUAUAACACAGAAGCCAGUGCUUUUGUUAAUCCGAGCCAUAUUUCUCGUAAGUCUCUCACUAAAUCCGAAGAAUCAGUGCCUUACAAGAAGUCAUCCUCAACUGGAGACAGAACAGCAAGUGAUGAUUUACCAUGGUGGUAUUAAAUAGAUGAAGACAAAAAUAUACAACACAUUAGCAGGUUAUUCCUCCAUUCUCAUUUGUUCCAUAGUCUCAGAUUCAAUGCGAGGUAGCAUUUUUUCCCAUGAAACUGAACACAUCUCUGGCUACUACCAUAUCAAAAAUAGUAUUUGAUUGCUACAACAUUCCGUCUCUGAAGACGUAAUUGUGACGGCAAACUGGUGCUCAAAGUAAGCUCAGGCCACUUGCACACUUGUUCUAGACACCAAAUGAGGAAUUGCAGUUUUACCAGACGCCACAAAUUGAGAAAUUGCCAGAGUUAAAUAACAACUUUAGCUAGUAGAUGUAAAUCACCACAAUUACAAACCUUCAGUUUCUACACAUACAGAUGCUCACGGCAGUAUCAAACUACUUCUGCCCUAAUACAAAACUCAAAGCUGGUGCCACAGUCAUUUGUAAUGGCGUCGAAUCACUGUAGAAUUCAAGAGUCCAGUAGCAAAUCUACACAAGAAGAUGAAGCCAGUAAACCAUUUAAGUCUACAGCUCCUUCCAAGUCACCUUCAAUAUGUGAAUACGCAAACGAGUACGUUUAUUCCAUUUUAGCCAUAGUCUCAGCUAUCGACAUGCAUGUCACAGUCCAUUGCGGAUUCGCCUCCAACUGAGGAGAGACCACAGGCUAGAAUUUGGCCAGUAGAUUAAAAGAUUUCCAUUUAAGAAAUGUCUAGUCUGUGAAUAAAAAAACAAUAUAGUUAUUUAUUUUUGCCUUUACACCUCCUGUCUAUGCAUCUAAUAUUACAAAUGUGAAAGUAGAGUCAGUCAGGGUAACUUUUUAUCAGCCUGGCUAUCUUUGCACCACUCACUGUUUUUGUUUCAAAUGCCUGCUGCGCCACCUACCUCCGUUAUUUUGUACUAACAGCAAUAAUUUCAUUACAUCCCUGGUUUCUACUUAGUAUGUCAGUUGUAUUUCAACCUUCUUACAAGCUCUCAGGCUUGUGAUUCUCUUUUGAUGGCACCAGCUGUGAAGAGAGCUUUUGGCAGCAGUGAUUUAAGUCGAAAAAUGCCAAUUCUACACAGAUAUCUUAAUAUUUCAAAGUAAACCUGCAAUACUGAAUUAACACUGUUUGUUUUUACUUAUUAUUAACACCCUAUUUUCUUCUGGCGUAAUCUAAGUUUACCCAGAUCAUUAGGUGUUGGAGUAUGUUUCAGUAUAUCCAUUGGAGUAUGUUUCAGUAUAUCCUUUGUGAUUUAAAUUGGCUAUUUAUCUUGUAAUAAAUAUGCAACAAGCGACUGGUUGCAUAUUUAUUAGAAGCUAAAUUGCCAGUACUACGUUUUAAAGACAGAUCUUAAGUUACCCUAAAUGACACUAUCUUUUGUACCAGUAUUAAAAUAGAAAUUUUACUCUAAUGUGGCAUAGUUAGUGUACGUUUUCGCUUUCCCAAGCACUAAGUAACCAUAGAUAUAAAAUGUUACAAUGUCUGUAGCGAUGUGUAACUUACACUGCGUCGAGUAUGUUCAAAAAAUGGAACCAAAUUACCACAAUUGAGUGUAAUUCUGUUACGUUUUCACUGCUAAACCACUGAACCGAUAUGGUAUGGAGAUAGCCUGAAACCUGAAAAAGAACGUGGGCUUCUUUGGAAAGUGUAUAGUACUAGAUGCUCGUUUAUUUGAAUCGUUUUAAGCGAACUAGGCAAAAAUGUUUACACUACGAAUAACUCUUGGCUCUUUCACCAAAAAAUGCAGUAUUUCCAGCUUACAUCACCUACCACAGACAGCUGUACUGACAUGUAAGACCAAAUGUCAUAUUUAAAACCGAUCCAUUUGUAUGAGAGGCUACUGGAAAAGAACUUUUUUUUAUUUACAGCUAUGCAUUUAAGUUUGGUUACAAAACAACCUUAUUAUCUUUAAACUACUUGUCACAACACAUUAAUAGAUUUGUCUAGUAGGAGAAUUCAUGGUGUUGGAAACAUUGUUUAUACAUAUCUACAUCGAUGUGCGACAGCUACCCCUCUGUUUUUCUCUGGACCAUCUAUACUCCUCCAGGUCAGUGUUUUUCCAUGCCCCUCUUUACAUUCAGAAACAAGACGAGCAUCUCUUAGCUUCUAUCUAUGGCAGCUACUAGUUGUUCUCAUUUUUUCCUCGUUCCUCUUUCUCUACACCUUGUUAGUGUAAGACCUCGUUCAGUAUGUUAUUUUAUCACACAUAGAUUUUAUUUUUAGAAUUUGAAUGUUGUAGGAAAUUAUGUAAAAGCUGUUGACAUAUUUCCACAUCGUAUCUCCAUUAAUGGACACUUAUUACCUUACUAAUUUGGUAUUCCUGAAGUAAACAACCUCUUGAUGAGAAUAUGAAUCACGCACUUAUUAUGGGUAAAAAUUUAAACGAUUGUUCUUUCUGGUGAAUUAGUUGUCUUUUGUCUUAAAUGUAAGUAAUUGUCCUUGAAAUAUACUAAUAAUACGAUGAUUUGCAGAGAUUCUGUACAAGUGAUAGAAAGAUAGUGAAUCUGAAAUAUGACUUUUGUUUGCCUCAAAUGUAUUCAAUCAAACAUAUAACUGUAAUACAUGAAGCAUUCCUUUGACCGACUGACUAUUAUUUCACUUCUUCUGAAUACAUUGAAAAAUAUGAUCCCCUUUCAGAUGUACCAUAUUUGUCAACUGUGAAUCAGAGAAAAUACUAUUUUUGAUGGCAAUAUUUUACUUAACUUCCAACAUAUGUUUGAAAUUAAAUUACUAAUAGGUUCUCAUAACAUGCUUGGUCAGUAUUUUUUAUGCAAGCAACAUGUCAUUUGGAAUUCCCUCCAUCCCUACCUUGCCCCCCAUCUUAUAGAUUAGUUGGUGU